GAACCCAACUCAAUGCAAGAGCCGGGUCCACGAUCCAGGCUUGAACGCCUCAAAACAUUUCUCCGCUUAAACACCAAUCAUCGCAUCUUGAACCAGCAUCGUUUCUCUUUACAUACCUCUCCCUUCUCUGCGUGGGCUCCACUCCAUACGCUCCUCGCUCCUCGCCUCGUUCCCAGCUCCCGCCUGGAUGGCUGUCGCUCUGUCUGGGCCAAACAUUCGCUGGACUUGGGCCUGACUUGAGCCUAUGCGAAUGCCACACCGAGAGUUACCCAACCCUUUCUGAGCUUUCUCUGUACCAUCUGGCUCCGGUUUUUCGCUCCCCGCCCGUUCAGACCCUCCCUCGGCCUGAUGGCUCCAGCUGCCCCAGCCACCGAGCCACAAUGGCCGCCUCGAUCUCCUCACGAAGCUCUGGUCAGCACCCCGGGCGGUCGCCAACGAUAUCGACAAAUGCUAGACCAGACACCGCCUUCUCCAUCGCCGUCGAGGAGGACCCGUACCCUGCCAGCAGUGAACCUGCUCGCCGAGAUGGACCAGGACGACGACGACGACGACGAAGAUGAAGAGACACUGCAGCUCAAAUUGCAGGAGAUCCAAGCUCGGUUGAAGUUGAAGAAGUUGCAAAGUGCUCGGUCAAAAAAGGCGGCCGAGGACGGAGUCGACAGAUUGGAUGCCACCACUUCAGAACUUGCCAUCACCAGCCAUGUUCGCAACCGUCCCGCUCGAGGCGUCACACCUGGGGAAAAUGAAGGCCAGAGGGCACCGCCGCAAAACCAAAUUCAAGUACCUGCGUCACCGGUCCGGAAACUCCAGGCUCCUCAAAUACAAACGUCACCGAGCAGGGUGCUACUGGGAAUCGACAAAGGCUUGAAGGCCAGAGAUAUAUCUUUGAAGCGAGCGCCGAGUUACAGGGAUUCUCAAGUCGCUGGCGACUCGCUACAAACGGGAGGGUACCUGAGAAGGUCGAGGACAUCGUCCAGCGUGACUACCUCCUCAGAGACAUCGCGCCCGAUGAGUUUUAAUGAGCGACUGGCGUCCGUGAGGACCGAGGAAGCUACUCGCGCGGAGAGGCAGAAAAAGAUCCAAGGACUGAGAUCUAAUGCGUUUGGAAUCGGCCAAGACGAGAUGGACAGGUACAAGAAGAAUGCCGUCGAUAUCCCAGAUGAGCCUCUUCGCGCCCCUGUCUUUUCUCGGGAAGAGGUCAUGUCACAAGCCAUACCAGCCAAGCUAACAUCGGGAGGCCUGAAACGAAGUAACACCGCACCAAGCAUCCGAACGAUCUCGGACGCGAACAGCUUCGCCUCAAGCUCAACUGCCAAAAACGACGAUACAGCCGAGACAGUGGUGCCGCAGGAUGUUUCCGAGCAAGAGGCCACUGCAUUUGAACCCUACUCAAGUUUUCAUUUAUCGAAACGUAUCCUGCCGCAUCGUGUCCUCGCCCGACAUGUAUCCGGCAAGAAGGCCUUUAACAUCAAGGACCUUCUAAAGGUUGUCAAGGGCCCAGACUUUGCCCUCCCGGACAUAGAGCAGGACAUUGUAAUUUUUGCAAUUCUUGCCAAGAAAUCAGAACCCCGCGCCCACAAGCCAACGGUAGGAAAGAAUGGAGGGAAGGAGGAGGACCGUGGAAAAUACAUGGUCAUGACUCUGGUUGAUCUGGAAUUUGAACUGGACCUGUUUUUGUUCAAUACAGGAUUUACGCGAUUUUGGAAGCUGACGGAGGGAACUGUGGUGGCGAUCCUCAACCCGAAUAUUAUGCCACCCCCGCCUGGUAGACAAGACACUGGACGAUUCAGUCUUGUCAUCAACUCGGAUGAGGAUACCAUCGUGGAGAUUGGCAAGGCUCGCGAUUUAGGGUUUUGCCAAUCCUUGAAGAAGGAUGGUGAGCUUUGCGGUUCCUGGGUCAACAAGAAAAGGACCCACCAUUGUGAAUUCCAUUCCAACGAGGCAGUCCGGAAACAACGAGGAGGACGAAUGGAGGUAAAUGGGGGUGGCUUUGGGUCAAAGCAACCCAAGAACCGGGAAGGGUCCAGCUGGAACAAAAAAUCACAAGAUUCCCAAGACGGCAAGGCAAAGAACUAUGACUGGGAGUCGAGGACGCAAUGGUUCGCCUCUCGCUCGAUGAGCGCGGCUGAUUUGAUCGACGGGAAGGACAGGACCGCCGCAGAUCGGAAAGACAGGGCCGAAUUCUUGAAAAGAGACCUGGAGGCUAAGGAGAGAGAGCGGGAGAUGAUGAAGAAACUGGGCCAGAUUGGCAACGCGGCCGGCAAGGAAUACAUGCGAUAUACUGGAUCACGGCCCGCGAACGGACAGAGCUCUGCCAUCUCAGCAUCCCAACUGGCAAGCUCCCAAGCUUCCCCGACCGAGAUACAAAAGCCAGACGCAAAGUCGCUCGGGCUGUUUACGAAAGGUUCCGAUAUCCACCUAAGUCCUGUCAAGCGCAAGCGCCCAGAGAGCUCACAAGCUGGGUCAUUAGCAAGUAGUGGGCGCUCAGCUCUCGGCUGGGGCAGCAGCCUGAAAAAUAAGUUGUCGAAAAUGAAAGAAGGCGAGAAACUGCGCAAGGAGGAGCUGCCGCCGUUACGGAAGAAGACUCGAUUUGUAACGGACAAGGGGAUCCGCGAGGCGGGGCGGGAGAGUCUGGGGACUGAUCUCAUGGAGCGGCAGGUCACGCUCGAAGAUGACGAUGACGAACUGGUCAUUCUAAAAUAGACGUUGGUUUCUGGAUACUUGGCGUACUGGCAUACAACUGGCUGGUUGGAGUUGAGGGGAUGGAUCCUCGCCUUUAGUGUGCGAGCAUGAGUUACGACGAUAGCAGAUUCUCUGUUAACAUGACCUUUCGAUAUCUAUUUCAAUGGACAAAAUUAAGAGUUUCGUUAG